UUAAACAGACAACUGACAAGCUCAAAUUACAGCGGUUCAAUGGUAAUGGAUAAUUAUUGGUAUUACAAAGGGAUUUAUUCAAAAGCCCACAAGUCGCAAUCAAAAUGUUUAACAAACAUGGUAAUUACUUAGAUACUUAUCUAUGGACUGUUUUCUUGUUUGCAAUUAUCUUUCCAGUGAUAAUCAAAUGUGAAGGGGAUCCUGAUGAGUUUGUGCCUCCAUUGAUUUACAUUCAAUCUCGGGGUUACAUAGGUGAAUCUCAUUACAUAACAACUGAAGAUGGUUACAUAUUGCAAGCUCAUCGGAUAAUAUCACCGAAAUAUGUUCAUGUACCAAAGAAAGUUGUCCUCGUCCAACAUGGCCUUCUAUUGUCUUCAAUGGUUUUCCUGGUGAAUUCACCCGGAGGAGGAGAGUACUUUCACGGUCCGAUAGAAGAUAAAGAUCCAGUAAACCAUUAUCGAGAUCGACAUCCUGAAGUUGGUAACAAUUUAGGGUUUCUAUUGGCUGACCAUGGAUACGAUGUUUGGAUGCCCAAUUCAAGAGGAAAUACUUAUUCAACAAACCACACGAAAAUGAGUCCAUUUAAGGAUAAAAAAUAUUGGAACUUCUCCUAUGAUGAAAUGGCUUUUAAAGACCUUCCAGCGUCAAUAAGUUAUAUUCAAUACAAAACUGGACAAUCUGAAAUAGCGUAUAUCGGGCAUUCUCAAGGCACCACAAUAGCUUUUAUGUUACUAUCAGAGCGACCAGAAUAUGCUUCGAUUUUGAAGCCUCUAAUCAUGUUGGCUCCGAUAAUGAAUUUAACGACAACUAAAGAUGGAUUGAAACAUAUACUAACAGAUGAAGAGUUGAUGAAAGAUUUGCUCGCAGUUGGUGGACCUUUCCUUCCUCAUGCUUCUUUACUGGAACUCUUUCCAGAAGUUGUUUGUGCCACAAAACUUCAUUUCAUAUGUACAAAUGUUCUUCAAAUAAUGGGCGGACUCAAUGUGGCACAAUUGAACAUUACUCGACUGCCAGUUUACUUUUCAUACAUUCCAGCAGGAACAUCAGCACAAAAUGUUGUCCACUAUAAGCAAAUGAUAACGAAAAGGACACAAUUUUUCGACUUUGGUCCAGAGAAGAAUAUGGCCAAGUACGGACGAUCAGAACCACCAGAUUUCCGCUUUGAUAGGAUGGAUACAAGUAACAUGGUCAUGUUUUGGAGCGAAAAUGACUUGUUUUGUGGAGCAGAAGAAAUGGACGCUGUCAGACGAACUCUAAGACGUCCGCUUAUGGCUGAAUAUAGAGUUCCUGAUCCUCUAUGGUCUCACAUGGACUUUCUCUUUGGACGUCAAGUUGGACGUUUUGUUCAUGGACCGGUAUUAGGCAUCUUGAAACGUUAUCCAAUUGUCUGGUUGCCUGGUCGAGCUCCUCAAAAUAGCCGAACCUUCUCUGGUCAUUCUAAUCCACCAACAGCUAGUCAUCCACUUCCUCCUGGUAAACAUUUUGAUCGGGUAAGGAUAUACUGAAACAUCGCCUAAUUUUGUUUCCAAGUUCAGUAAUUUCAACGAAAGCUAAGGCUAACUGAAUAAAUUAAAGCUUAAAUAAAAUCAAUUAGCUUAAAUUGGUGGAUCAUUGAUCAAUGCAGUAAUUUUCAAUGAGACAAAUGUGCAAUAAAAUCUAUGGAUCGUCCUUUUCCUUCCCUAUUAAACAAAAGGUCAUCAAGAAUAAUCACGGAAGUUCUUAAUACUUAUUGAAAUUAUAACAAUAAGAUUUUGUGAAUUUUAUUUUCAUAAUUUUGCACUUGCUAAGCCAUUAAAAUUGCUUUAAUAAC